AAUGUGUUUUACAAUGAGUUCCCUAUAGUUGUGAUGAGUAAGUGAUUCGAGAGUCGAUUCAAUGAUUUAGUCAAUGAUUUAGUCAAUCAAUUGAAGACUUAUUGAAGCGUUGAUCGCAUUAUUUGUGGAUUUUUUGAGUUCAACUAAUUUUAUCACCAAAUCGUAUGUUUGGAUGACGUCAUCACUGAAGUGGUGGCAGUAGUGGUGGCACUCAAAUAAAGACAGUUAUUGUCAAACACUGACACUUGAAGACCAGUUAAAGACUUUGCAAAAUCCAACACAUAUUUCAAAGAAAACAACAAUGAGUUCAGUGUUUGAACUGUUGGGUCGUUUCACAGUUUUUGUGGCUAUUAUUUGGAUCUUAUCAAAGAUUUUGCGAGGACUGUGGACAUCGUUUGUGGCAUACAAGUUGGGCUUCGGUGUCAAAUGGCGGCCAUCAGACAACACGUGGGCCAUAGUCACGGGCGCUACCGAUGGCAUCGGCAAAGCAUACGCCCAACAAAUGGCUAAAAAGGGAUACAAUUUGUUAAUAAUUAGCAGAAAUGAAGAAAAACUAAAGAAUACUCGCGAAGAGAUAUUAGCCAAACACAAGAAGUGUUCACAAGUGAAAACCCUUGCCGUGGACUUCACGUCUAGUGAUAUAUACGAUCGAUUGGAGGCUGCGAUCAGCGAAUUGGAUGACAUACAUGUGCUGAUCAAUAAUGUCGGCAUUUCCUACAUAUAUCCCGAAUAUUUCACACAAAUCCCAAACUCUAAACAAUUGAUUGAAUCGAUGAUCAAUUGUAAUAUCAUUUCAAUGACUCGUAUUAUUGAAAUGGUUUUGCCAAAAAUGGAGACCAAAAAAUCAGGUGUAGUGAUCAAUGUGUCGUCAUAUUCGGCCGCUUAUCCGAUCCCAUUGCUGUCACUUUACGCCGCGUCCAAGAUUUAUGUGGACUUUCUUUCCCGAGCUCUUCAGGUUGAGUAUAAAAAUAAGGGCAUAACUAUUCAGAGUGUAUUACCAGCUUAUGUGUCGACCAAUAUGAGCAAAAUCCGUCGCACGUCUCUAAUGGUUCCCACACCCGAUGUUUACGUCCAGAAUGCGUUACAAACGGUCGGUAUUGAGAGCCGUACUUAUGGUUAUUGGCCACACAAAGUGCAGGGUUUCCUUCAAGACUCUAUUAUAUGUAAUACUAUUGGAUCUGAUUUUAAUAGCAAAUUGGCUUUCGAUGCACUUAAAGAUGUCCGCAGAAGAUAUUAUAAGAAAGAGGGACUUAAAGAAAAACUCAAUUAAUAUUUACCUCUAAUUAUAUCUUAUUAAAAGUUAUUAAUAUUAUAUUUUUAAUAAAUUUCUAAAUCUUUAGCAAUAAAAGAUUUUUUUGUCAUAAUUAUGAUUAUAUUGAUGUUAUCGACAAGUUAUUAAAUCGU